AUGGCGGCCGCAGGCAAUCUGAAUUCAAGGAAGAAUAAAGCCUAUUUUUGCCGUUUCUGGAACUGCUUCGACGCCAGCAUGGCCUUCUUCAUAUGGGCCUCUUUGGUCCUUCAGAGCUUCGAACUGUACGCCAUGCUUCAAUGUCCAGGCGGUCUCUCGGCAACCUGCGAGACGAAUGAGGCGUUUUUCGCCAACUACGGAUUUCUAGCAAUAAUUCGUUGCCCACGGCCGCUUGUUUUGAUUCGUCUCUUCAGAGUUGUGCUCAAGCUGCAGCUACCGCAAGCGCGUGUAAACGCCAUUUUUCAGCGAUCAACUCAUCAAGUCUACAACGUAAGUGUAUUCCUGCUUUUCUUCAUGUCACUUUACGGCUUACUGGGGGUGCAGUUCUUUGGCGAUGAGCUGAACUACCACUGCGUCUUGAAUAGCACCAAUGACAGCGCAAUUAUGAAAAGUGAUCUCGCGAUCCCAGACUCCUACUGCGACCCUUCUCGGUCGCCCGGUUCCUCAAAUCAAUGCCCCGACAAUAUGAAGUGCAUUCGCCUAAAGACGUCAAUUCAGGAUGAGGGUGGAUACGCCGGAUUUGAGUCUUUUCAUAUAAGCAUCUUCACAGUUUACCAAGCCGCUUCUCAGGAGGGUUGGGUAUUCAUCAUGUACCGAGCGAUGGACUGUUUGGCGACCUGGAAAGGAGUAGUCUACUUCAUGUCAAUGAUCUUCUUUCUCGCCUGGCUAGUCAAAAAUGUCUUCAUUGCUGUGCUCAUUGAAACAUUUGCAGAGAUACGUGUUCAAUUUCAGCAGAUGUGGACACCCAGAAGCGCAGCCGAGGCAGAUUCUUCCAAGGUACUUUUCUUCUUAUUCAGAUCACCGGGUUUUGUAAACCUAUCCACUCCUCCACCAACCCACCCGUACCCACACACCUCAUCACGCGCACUCCAACUUACACGACCCCACACACAAACCCAUUGA